AUGAAUUUGUUAUUUUUAGGAGAUAUUCUGAUUUUUCUUAAUGAAAGAAAUCUUCUUAAAUCACCAAUAGUUCUAACAAAUGAACAUAUUAAAUCAGAAUUUGCAGCAUUACGUCGACAUAAUAAACCCAUACGUAUUGGUAUAUGUCGUUGUACAGAUCGAUCUUUAUUAAAUAAUACAACAAUAAAACAUUUGGGUUCGAUAACAUUUGAUGAAUUUCAAAAAUUAUCUAUUGAUAAUCGAUCAACACCAUCACUUGAUGAAAGUCGAAAAUCAUUAGUAAUUGUUGAUGAAAUUAUAACAAAUAUAGAUUCAAAACAUGUUUCAAGUAAACAUCAAACUAAACCGUUAAUUUAUAAACGUAGUACAAGUCCAGCGAGAGAUAGUGGUUUUAUUGAAACAGAUGGUACAAAUACAUCGGUACUUACUGAUCGUAGUGUUAAUUCAAAUUAUAUUAAACGUCGAAGUAAAGUAUCAUUAGAAAAAAGUGAAGAUGAUUCAACAGAUACGCAUAAAUCACUUGAUUCACUUCAACAUUCUAUUUCAAAACCAAUUGAAGAAAUUAAAAGUAAACCAUCAGGUUUAAUUUAUUCAAUUCCAAUAUCUCAUAAAUCACGUCAAAUUCAACGUGAUUUACCAACACAAACUGUUACAGAUGCAUGUUUUAUUUAUCGUCAUCAAGUUGUUAAACAAGAUGCUAAUGAUGAUGAAAAAGCAGCUAUGAUUCUUCGUGGUCGUGAAAUAGCUUAUGAAGCUGCAAAUACACCAACAAUACCAUCAUCUAUGCCCAAUUAUACACAUGAUCAAAUUCGAGAACUUUAUGGUGAAUUAGAUAAGAAAACACGUCGUUUACAACACGAUGAAUAUACACUUCAUACACCAAUGAUACAUACAUAUCAUGAUAAACCACAAUGGAAAUUAGCAUCACCAACAAAAACUAAAAUUAUCGAUGAAUGUCCAUUACCAAAAUUUCGUCUUGA